AUGGGAGACAAACUACAAUGGUCGAACGAGCAAGUAAAAUGUUUAUUAGAUACGUGUAUCAAUGAGGUCAACAGAAUUGGUAGAAAAGGAGGUAGCAUGCACAAGGAGUCUUGGGUUACGUUAGGGAAAGCUCUAAAAGAAAAGUUUGACAUGGAUACUUCACAAAAACAAUUGAAAAAUGCUUUUGAUAAUCUAAAAGCUAAAUACGUAGGGUGGAAAUAUUUGAGAAACAAGUCAGGGAAUUUAUACAAUGCUCAAACAAAUUCAUUUGCCUUAGUGAUCACAGAAUGGGAAGAAUUCAAGAAGGGUCAUCCAAAGGCAGGAUCAUUGAGGACACACCCAUUGCCUUAUCCCAACCUUUGUGCAUCUUUGUUUGAUGGAAGUAGUGCCAGCGGUAGCAUCAAAUGGACCUCUACUCAAACUGCACCCGCAGAUACAUCAUCUUCUUCUCAUCAAGAUGAUGAUGAUGAUGACGCUUCCAAUGACACUAGUGCUCGAGCUCCUAGUGAUAAAGCUCAUGGUGGUUCUACUGAGAGGCCCGAUAAAAGGAGUAAAACCACUAAUGCUUCUACUGAGAGGCCCGAUAAAAGGGCUAAAACUAGUGAUGCUUCUACUGAUAGGACCGAUAGGACCGAUAUGGAUAAAGCCUCUAAAACCUCUGUUAGUCUUGAUGAUUUGAGUCUUGAUAUGCAAAAAGCUCUGCAACAUAUGGUGAAUAGCAAGGAAGGACCAACAGUAGAAGAAUGUUAUGAAAGGUUGAAGCUAGUUGAAUUAGACCCUAUAGAUCCUAUAUUUUUGGCAGCCUUUCACCUUUUUGGAAUGUCCAUGAAUAUGAGAGAGGCAUGGAUGACAUUGCCACCGAUACAUGGGGUCUUAAAAGGGUGGAUAAAGAUGACUGGCACCACAUUAGGGAUGUUUAAGUAG